GAGAACAGAAAACCGGACAGGUGUAAUUUUGGAUAUCGAAAAAAAAGUGACGAAAAAAUGAGUGCGGGUCAGUUUGACGACGCACUAGACGAUGUAACGGAACGGCUGGAUUCUCUAGCACCACCGAAAAUCGAAAUACCACUGCCCGAGGCGCCAGUUUUGACCAAGAUCGACAUCCAGGAUGCACUUUUCAGAGCCGGAGAGGAUGCUGAAAGACCGCUUUCCGGAGAAGAGUUUCCAUACGACGACGGCGACGAGGAUGAGGACGAGGACGACGAUGAUUUUUACUGCUACGAGGGAGGCGAACUGAAGCGCAACCAGCAGCUAAACCUCCAGCAAACUCACACCAACGCUCAGCACGCGAGCCAGAAGGUGUCCCAUUUCCAGCCGGCCGAUGUACUGUUCAAAAAGUUCACCAACCGCAUCAAUGUGGAGAAGUACGAGGGACCCGCUUCGCUGCCGAACCACGCGAAAAACACACUCAUCGAAACGCAACGGCGAGCGGAUAUGGAACGGGUGCGUAGCAAGGACAAGCAGGAUCGUGCAACGGCGGAACAAGUGAUGGAUCCGCGUACGCGCAUGAUCUUGUUUAAACUCCUGAACCGGGCCAUGAUCACGGAGAUCAAUGGAUGCAUCUCGACGGGCAAGGAAGCGAACGUGUAUCACGCUACCUCGAGCAGCGGUAUGGAUUACGCGAUCAAGAUCUUUAAAACGUCGAUUCUCACGUUCAAAGAUCGCGACAAGUAUGUGACGGGCGAGUACCGGUUCCGACAUGGGUACAGCAAACACAAUCCCCGGAAAAUGGUGCGCACUUGGGCCGAGAAGGAGAUGCGGAAUCUGGUGCGUAUGAAGAAGUGCAAUCUGCCCGUCCCGGAACCGAUCCUCCUGCGGAGCCACGUGCUGCUGAUGGAGUUCAUUGGGUGCGAGGGUUGGCCGGCGCCGAAACUGAAGGAUGUAGAGCUGAGCACAUCCAAGGCGCGCGAGCUGUACCGCGAUGCGGUCGAAAUGAUGUGGACGAUCUAUAACCAGUGCCGGCUGGUGCAUGCCGAUCUGUCGGAGUUCAAUCUACUGUAUCACGAGGGCAAGAUCGUUAUAAUCGAUGUGUCGCAAUCGGUUGAGCAUGAACAUCCGCAUGCGCUCGAGUUCCUGCGUAAGGAUUGCGCCAACAUAACGGAUUUCUUCCGCAAACGUGAAGUGUCGACGAUGACGGUGAAGGAACUGUUCGACUUUAUUACGGAUGCGACGAUAACGGCCGAAACGGUGGAGCAGUGCCUAGAGGAGAUAUCGGAGCGUAUCGCUAACCGUAGUUUCGAUGAGUUCACCGAACAGCAGAAGAUAGACGAGGCCGUCUUUCGGCAGGUAUUCAUCCCGAAAACGCUGCACGACGUGUACGAUGUCGAGCGGGAUGUGUUCGACAAACGGAAGGACGACCUGGUCUACAAAACCAUCACCGGACUUGGGGCGGAAGACGCGAAAGCCACCGCUAGCGGGGGAGAGGAGAACCAGAGCGAUACCGACAGCGAUGGUGGUGAUAGUGGAUCGGAAUCAUCGAACGCUGAUCAGGCGGAUGGCGAUGGUCAACGGAGUAAGUCGGUUGUACGCGGAAAGAAUGAAACGGCCGAAGAGCGUAAAGCACGUAAGAAGGCCGUAAAGGAUGAGAAGGCGGAAAAGCGGAAAACGAAGGUGAAAAAGCACAUCAAGAAGCGGAAGGAGAAGUUAGGUAGCUCUCGAAAAUAGUGGAAGUACCAGUGAGUUUUUGAGAUAAGAUGUGUAAAUAAUGUACGAGAGAAAUAUAUCCAGCAAUUUGUUUUGAUCCGCAGUAAGCUGUGCGAUGAUCC